CGAGACGGCUUGCGGAAUGCGCGGGACGCGCGGGGUCCGUUUCCACCUUUUGAGCUUCCGAAACCUCACGCGAUGUGGACGGCAGAAGUCCUUCGGGAACCGCGCUUCACGCCGACUAACGUUAACCACUAACCUGCCAAGAGUUGCUUCUGCCCGCUGCAAUCAAUCAUGGAGGAUGGGACAGACGAAGGCGAAUCGCACUCGCCGUCGUCGACGGCUCCCUGCCCGCCCGGCCAAACCCCUGUGCCGAGAGCUUGUGACGCCUGCCGGGCACGCAAAAUCCGCUGCAACCGCGAGUCGCCUUGUGCCCACUGUGUCCAUGCCAAGAUAGAAUGCACUCAUGCCGGGGCUAACAGGCCCCGGGAGAAGCGAAGCCGUAUCCUGUUAACCCACCAGUACGAACAGAAGAUCGACCACAUCGACCGCCGGCUCGAAGGCGUUGUCCGUCUGCUGGAAGAGCUCAAGGCACGGUUGCCGCCUCCCACCGCAUCCGCAUCACCAGCGCCAACAGCAACAGCACCAGCACCGGCAACUGCAACCGUAAUUGUCUCGGCCAGUCCAGCCAGCGCUACCAGCCAUGCCGAGACCCCGGGAUCGGGAUCGGGAUCGGACACUAUAACCACGGGGACGGUGGUCGAGGGCGAGUCGUCGUUGACGGCGCACUCGGUCUUCGCCAACGACUUCCUCCAAAAGGCCGUCAGCAACAAGGACUCGCACCCCGAGAUGCGCGAGCGCAUUGACGCCCUCCGCCAGAUGAUCGAGGCCAUGAAGAAGCAGCCGGCCGCCCGCGAGAUGAGCUAUCCCCACGCCAGACCCGUCCGGCCCGCUGCUCUGGAUGGCUGCGAGCUGCCCCCGAUCCAGAAGACGCUCGAGGUGCUCAAGCUGGCGAAGACGCACAAGCAGCUCGGUGCGUUAUGGGUGCUGGAUCUGUUCAACGCCGAGAACCUGCCCCAGAUCUGUCUCUCGGCUUACAUGGCCGACGACCACAACACAGCCCACUUCAUCACCGCCGCCGUGUCCUUGUAUUACCUGUUUUGGAUCUACGGGGAGCUGUUCAAGGAUAAGCAGGAAGAGUAUCUCGCCCUCUCGCGAGUCUGCCGCGUCAAUGUCGAGACCGCCCUGUCCAACCUGCCACUGCACCUACCGGCAAACGAUGACAUGGUUGUCGCCCUCUCGCUCGGGACCUUCUACGCCAUCGAGCUCGCCAAGCCAUCCCUGGCCUGGAUCCUGUCGGCCAAAGCGUCCGAGCUAUGCCAGUUCCUGGGCUACCACCGGAUCGGGACCUACAAGAACAUGUCUGCGGGCGACGCCAAGCAUAAGCAGUUCCUCUUCUGGGUGGUGUACUUGCUCGACAAGAGCCUCACCCUGCGCCUGGGCCGGUCGUCGACCAUCCAGGAGUGCGACAUCACCGUGCCGCUCCCGUCAACCGACGACCCGGACCAGACGCCCAUCGCCAUCUUCUUCUCCCUCUGGGUUCUGAGCUCCCGCCUGCAGGGCCAGAUUUACGAGCUGCUCUACUGCCCGGCCGCCAUUGCGCAGCCGGAGUCUGUCCGGAAGUCGCGCGUGCAGCUGUUGGAGCAGCAGCUGGCUGAGCUUGGUGCGCUGACGGACAAAGAAACGGCAAAGUGGGAUGCCAAGGUGCGACAAGAAGCCGGCUCCGACAUGGCCGACUUCUUCAUCCUCUCCGACAUCGUCCUCCGUAUGUCGACCACCACGCUGGUCCGCCGCGCCGUGCCCAACCCGCCCGGCUCCCCGACGACCUUCACCGCCGACUGCAUCCAGGCCGCCCGCGAGACGCUGGCCAAGCACCAGGAGUGCAUGGCUGUGGUCGAGCGGAGCCUAGUCGGGCUGUUCUCGACCUACAUGAGCUGGACGAUCCUCUACGCCCCCUUCGUCCCCUUCAUCGUCCUCUUCUGCCAAGUGAUCGAAACCAAAGACCGCACCGACCUCGACCGGCUGCACGCCUUUGUCAGCUCGCUGCAGCUCGAAAAGGUCGACAGCAGCGGCGGCGUGUCCGACGCCAUCGACAAGCUGCGCCGCCUGUUCCAGGUGCUCUACAGCGUGGCCACUCAAUACGUCGAUCAGUCGCACACCGAGGCCCACCAGCCCAGCAUGGAGGUCGAUACCUGUCUUGCCGCCCUGGGCUUCCCUUCCUCUCAGGGGAGUAUUAUUGGUUUUGGUGAUUUUACUAGUGGUACUAGUAGUGCUGCGUUCCAGCGAGGCGUCAACCCGAUGAUUUGGAUGGGUAACGGCGCGCAGCUCGAGGACUGGUUCUAUAGUAACCAGCAGAUGAUGGCCUUUCUGGAGGACGGGUUUCCUGGUGAGGCGGGAUGGGGCGGAGGCGGGUAG